AUGAGCACGUCCAACUCCUCAGGCAGCAGCCUCUCGAUGUCCAGCGUCACUGGGAUCCUCAAGCUGUCUUCACAAACCGGAUGGAUCACCUGGAACAGGGAGAUCAGGGACCUGCUAACCGUGGCAGGGUACGGAGACCUUCUUCCGGGCGGUAGGAAAGCCGUCCAGCCAGCCCAGCGAGACGAAGAGUCAGAAAACGUCUUCGAAGAUAGGCUUGAAAUCUGGCUAGACAGACAGACCAGGGUUAAAGCAGUCCUCUGCAACCGACUUAGCUUUCUAGCCCGUGAGGAUGUCAAGCACCUAGAAACGGCCGCGCAGAUCCUCCAAGCCAUCGAGGCGCGCUACAAGCCCAGUGGCAGCGCUUGCUUCCAGGAGCUGGAUAAGAAGUACAUGGACCUGACUCUCGAUGUCUGUACUGAUGUCAUGGACUUCGCCGAAAAACUCCGACAAGCCCGCUCAGAGCUGCUAGAGCUCGACGUCUCUUGUCAAAUCGGGGAACCCCAGUUCAUCAGCAAGUUCCUCACAGGGCUAGGUCUAGCCUACGAGGUGUUUCUCACAGCAUUCUAUCAGCAACACAACCUGCUGCCAAAGAGGGACCUUGCUGGAGCGGUCAAAAGACCAGCAGUCUCCUUCGAAGAAGCCAUCGCCGCUGCUGAACACGAAGAACAGAGCCAGAAGCAACGAGGCGCCACCGCCGGUCAAGCUCUUGCCAUGACUCGAGAGACAGAGACGCCCGUCUGCACCCACUGCAAAAGGAAAGGACACACCGUGGAUAAGUGCUUUAGAGUCCAUCCAGAGCUCAAGGCCGACUUCGACAAGAGACAUGCAGAGAGACUCAAAAAGAAACAGGAUCAUCGCGGCAGGCAGGAGCCCACUACAUCUUCCACUACACCUUCCAUCACAGAUAUCCAGACCGCCCUAGCCUACUUGCAAGGUCAAGCCAAUGACCAACCACAGUCGCAGUCACAGGCUCUUGCCAACCUCGCUAUGCCCCGUUUCACCUUCCCAUGCACGAUACACCUCGCCCCUCCUGGUGCUGCCAAUCCAGUGGGAGUGCGUGAUGAUCUGGAUCCGGCAGCACUGGCCGCUCAGCACACGCUGCUUUCACAGAUCCACAUCCUCGACACAGGCGCCUCACAGCACAUCUUCUGCCGCCGAGGCAAAUUCGGGCCCCUUGCUCCGUACACUGGUCUUCCCUACGCAGGGGCCAAGGGAGCCCAAUUCCUGCCCAUGGGCGCCGGCAGCUAUGACCUGCCAGUGAAGCUACUGAUGAAAUCAGGCGUCAUAGCAACCUUUCUGUCGUCAGCAGCGACCCAGCUGCCCUCGUCACCUCGCAGGUCCAAGAUCCCAACCUACGCAUCUGGCACGAGACUGGCCCACCUCAGCGAGCGCAACAUCAAGAGGCUGCAAGGGAUGUCCACUGGUCUGCGACCCCAAUCGCCACAAGACCCGUGCGAGGCCUGCGCUAUUGGCAAGAUCAAGGAAGGAUCUCAUAGGCACUCUAUUCGAAAGGGAACCUGGCCGCUAGAAAGUCUGCAUAUUGACAUCUGUGGGCCGUUUCCGGACACUGGAUACGACGGCAGCAGAUACUGGGUGGCCAUCCUAGACGACUACACUCAGUACGGAUGGACCUUUAGCGUGGCCACCAAAGACAGCCUCUUCCCGAUCUUCCAGGCGUUCCUUCAGAAGCAUGAGACGCCUACCAGGCGAUGCCUCUACGUGCGGAUGGACCUAGGAGGUGAAAAUCGCUCCACGCUGCUAGAUGCCUUCUGCACCGACAAGGCGAUCGAAGUCAUCUACGCCGCCACGGAACAGCACCAGCAAAACGGGGCCAUUGAGGUCUUCCAUAGGGUCCUAAGCGAGAAGCUCAACCCUACGCUAAUUCGAAUGCUGGGGUACCAAGGGCACUGUAACUACAUCCUGCUUGAUAGCAGCAACAGGGUCUUCGUGUCUCCCAACGUCAUCUUUGUCGAACACGUCGCCAAGCCUACGGUCUCUGAAAGACAGCCCAAGAGGCCCAAGACUGGCCAAAGCCUUGGCCAGCUGAUCCGGGAGGAAGGCCAGCAAGCCGAAUGUCCGCCUCGGACACUUCGCAACGGCAACAAUACAACAGCCGACACCGCGUCUCUCUACACACCAGCAACUUCCACAGCGCUCUCGCCCGAGCCUGAAGAUAGCCAAACCUCAGAUUCCACGCGAGACCUGUCUGACAGCUCUGAAGACAACAUAGUGUCCCAUAGAGACGAGUCGGACGACAGUGCCCUGCUCGACCUGCUGGAAGAGACAAGCCCCGAACCAUCUGUUUACUCAACUAUCCAUGCCGCUGCUGAUCCGAUCAGGCCGUCGGCCAUGCAGUCAGAUAGCGCCAAGAACUGGCACGCCGCUAUGGCGGACGAAAUCCAGUCCCUGAAGGCCCUACGAGGGAAGUGGGGCUACGAGCAACAGGAAGGCAUCGACUACCGGUAUAGCGAAACCUUCGCCUCAGUGGUCAGGCCAGAAAGCUACAGAACAAUUUUCGCCAUAGCCGCCGCUGAAGACCUAGAGAUCGAGCAAAUGGAUGUCAAGACCGCUUUCCUCUACGGGGACAUCGACGAAGAAGUCUACCUCGAGCAGCCAGAGGGCUUCGAAGACGGCACUGGCCGCGUCUGCAGGCUCAAGAAGGCCAUCUAUGGGCUCAAGCAGGCGCCUCGCAUCUGGUUCCACACCAUCACCAAGUUUCUUGAGACACUAGGCUACAGGCCCAUUGCGGCAGACGUCAGCGUCUUCGUCCGUGGCAAGAGCAUCAUUGCAAUCUACGUCGACGACCUACUUCUCACUGGAGCCUGUCCUCGGGAGGUCCAACGGAUCAAGGAUGCCCUCAGCAUUAAAGUCACUAGAGAUAGGGCCAGGCGUCGGAUCGAACUGUCCCAGCGAGCCUACAUUGAAAAGAUCCUAAGGACCUACAACAUGUCAGACUGCAACCCAACGGACACCCCUAUGGCCGCAGAUCCGCUCCAACCACCCGCAGAGGACUGGCACGCCCCUCCCAAGGACCAGGCCGCCUAUGCCAAGAGGCCUCGGCUCCGCAGCCAUCAGCUGGACCUCCAGAGGCAGCCCUGUGUCACGCUCUCAUCCACAGAGGCCGAAUACGUGGCUCUGACCCAGUCAGCCCAGGAGGCCAUCUGGCUGCGUUCCCUAAUGAAGGACCUAAGCCACCCACAGGCUGGGCCAACAGCCAUACACGAGGACAACAAGGGCGCUAUAGAUCUGGCCAACAACCCUCAGCACCACUCGCACUAA